CAUGGCCUGUUUGGCUUUUUUGAUCGCACAAUUUUUACACUCUGAGAUUGCCUCUUUUAAAAAAGAUCCAGACAAGUCGGAAAGUUUAGAAGUUGCUUUGCAAUGCUUGGAGUCGACUUACGGGUUUUCCAUAUCUAAUGAAGAAGAUAAAGUAAAAUAUAAUAAAGAAGAAUUUGACUUAAGAACUUUAGUUAACGAGGGAAAGAGGGCCAUUAAGCAGCAAGUCUCGGAAGAUGUUAUUUCUGAAGAAAAUAAGAAGGAGGCUGAAUUAUUAAAAACCAAAGGAAACGAAGCACUUACUUUAGAGAAUUAUAGACUUGCUGUUGAACUCUACUCGAAAGCUCUUAAGUUGAACCCGUGCUCACCAGUUUACUAUGUGAAUCGGGCUGCAGCCUACACAAAGCUUGAAGAAUUUGAGCUGGCCAUUGAAGAUUGUGAGAAGGGCAUUGAAGUAGAUCCGCUCUACAGCAAAGCCUACGCAAGGAUGGGCACUUGCUAUUACCUGCAGGAAAAGUUUUCUGAAGCUUCUUCUGCAUACAAAAAGGCUCUUGAGCUGCAGCCGGACAACGUUUCGUAUGCUCAGAACGUUCGCAUGUCCGAGAAUAGGAUCCCCAAGCCCGCGACGAGUUCCUCGGGGGAUCUCAGAAAUUUACUUGGCGGUAUCGAGCAGCUUGCGGGAGAAGUCGGCGGUUUAGGCGGAGCUAAUUUUAAUAUUGAAAACAUCAUGAGCAAUCCCGCCUUCCAGUCUGCUGCUCGGCGAAUGCUUGAGUCUGGCCAGCUGGACCAGCUCAUGAAUAACCCCAAUCUUGCUGCCAUGCUUUCGAGAUUAGGAGGCCCGCACCACUCCCAGCAAGACACCUCCGGCUCUACUGAGAAUCAUAACAACUCUCUUGAAUAA